GAAGGGGGCACUCAAGUAAGUGGCUUUUGUCAGAUUUCGCGUGCAUUUGUACAGAAAAAAGCAGCUUUGCCUCUUUCUCCUUCUCCUUCUUCUCCUUCUUCUCACUUUCAAUUUUUUUUUUUCCAAUUUGCUCCUUUCAUUUUCUCUUUAAUUUCCUCAUUUUCAGAGAAAAAGCAUCGUUUUUUAUAUAACAAACGAAAGGUCACUGUUUGAUUGCUUAAGAAGAAUCUUUUUUAUUCAUAAACCUCAUCUGGGUCGGUCCUUAACUCCAAGAAACUUAUAUAACAAUAGAUUUUCCCGGUGGUGGCUCAUGGUUUAAGAGAGAGAUUCUUCAAACAACCGAGGCUGCUUUCUCAAGAAGAAAGGUUUACUACGCUUUUGCCAUCGUCCAUCAACCCCCACAACAACAAAAAUAUUCAAGCUUUGGAUUCGUUUUUUGUUUAUUUUCACAACUAGAAUAAAAUAAAAAGAGAUUAAAAAGGGUUUCACGUGUUCCUGUAUUUGUGAAUGUGUGAAGCACUUAGAAAAGAGUGAAGAGUUUGAUUAAUUUAAAACUAGUUUCUCUCUGUGUGUCUGUCAGUAAAUUCGAGGUUUGAGUGGGUACUUUGUGCAUCUCUAAGUUUUUUUUUUCUUCUCCUUUUUCUAUGUUCUCUUUGAGAUGUGAGACUCCCAUUAACAACGUUUCCUUAAGUUGUAUGUCACAGACCCUUCUUUUCUUCCAGAGUCUUUGCUUCUCUGUUUCUUGACCAGACACAUUUUGAGUCUUUUUAGCUUUCUCUUUGAGAUCUUAUUCACUGAUUCAACACCAUGAAGUUCAUGAAACUUGGAUCCAAACCUGAUUCAUUUCAAUCUGAAGGAGACAAUGUUAGGUAUGUAUCAAGUGACUUAGCAACAGAUGUUAUUGUAACCAUUGGCGAUGUCAAGUUCUAUCUUCACAAGUUUCCAUUGCUGUCUAAGAGCGCACGCUUACAGAAACUAAUAACAACAACAUCAUCAUCAUCAAAUGAAGACGACGAGAUUCAUCAAGAAGAAGACGAGAUUGUAAUACCAGAGAUCCCUGGCGGUCCUGCUUCAUUUGAGAUCUGUGCCAAGUUCUGUUACGGCAUGACCGUCACGCUAAACGCUUACAACGUAGUCGCUGCUCGCUGCGCAGCCGAGUUUCUUGAGAUGCACGAAACCAUCGAAAAGGGGAAUCUCGUUUACAAGAUCGAAGUGUUCUUGAACUCGAGCAUACUCCAGAGCUGGAAAGACUCCAUCAUCGUGCUUCAGACCACUAGAGCUCUGUCUCCACACGCUGAAGAACUGAAGCUAACAGGUCGCUGUCUGGAUUCCAUCGCCUCUAGAGCUUGCAUCGAUACUUCGAGGGUCGAAUGGUCUUAUACUUACAGCAAGAAGAAGAAUCUUGACAAUGGUCUGAGGAGACCGCAGGCUGUUCCUAGAGACUGGUGGGUUGAGGAUCUCUGUGAUCUUCAUAUAGAUUUGUAUAAACGAGUGAUCGCUACGAUAGAAUCAAGAUGCAAAGUCUCGGCUGAUGUUAUCGGUGAAGCCUUACACGCUUAUGCGACCAAAAGGGUUCCAGGGUUCAGCAAAAGUAGCAGCUCCGCGCAGAUCACUGACUAUGCUAAAUACAGAGCUUUGGUUGGUUCCAUCAUUGAGCUGAUCCCUGAGGAGAAACGAAGUGUUUCUUCCUCUUUCUUGACUAAGUUGCUGAGAGCUUCCAUCUUUCUUGGCUGUGAUGAAGAAGCAGGGCUAAAGAACAGAGUCGGCGAGGGGCUAGAUGAGGCUAGCUUGAGUGAUGUCAUGCUCUAUGAUGUUGACUUGAUGCAGAGCUUAGUUGAGGUUUUCUUGAACUCUCGUUCGGGAGAUGAUGAUGUAACAGCGAAAGCAUCGGUUGCGAAGCUUGUUGACGGCUAUUUAGCUGAGAGAUCGAGGGAUUCGGAGAAGUUGCCUCUUCAGAAGUUUCUAGCACUCGCGGAGAUGGUCUCGAGCUUUCCAAGACAGUCUCAUGACGGUGUUUAUAGGGCCAUCGACAUGUUUCUUAAGGAACAUCCAGAGAUCAGCAAGAGCGAGAAGAAGAGAAUUUGCAAGCUAAUGGACUGUAGAAAGCUCUCGGUUGAAGCUUGCGCACACGCUGUUCAGAACGAGAGGUUACCAAUGCGUGUGGUGGUGCAAGUGCUCUUCUUUGAACAGGCAAGAGCUAACAACAACAACAACAACGGUUCAUCAUCAACGGGAAACAGCACGCCAGAGAUUGUUCCUGCUUCGAGGUCGACAAAUACUGAAGAUGAGACAGAGUCUUGGGACGCAGAGGAUAUAAAGACAUUGAGGGGUGAGUUAGCAAGUCUAAGACUCGCAAAGAAUCAACAACAGCAGGAGAAUAAUAAAGGGAAGCUGGUGAAAGGUGGAGGGUUGGGAGUUUCUAGAGUGUUCUCAAAGCUUUGGGCUGGUAAAGAGAGGAGUGGAGAGAUGAUGAGUAGCUCAGGGACUUCGAGUCCUGGUUCUGUUAAUGAUGACUCUAAGUCUUCUUCUUCCACAAACAAGAAGCAUUAGAAGAAGCAUAAGCAAAGAUGACUAACCUUUGUGGUUUUGUUCUUCCUUAGUUGGUAUCAUGUUUAGGUUGGAAGUGUUAAAAACAGAAUGGUUCUUGAAAUAAUAAUAAGAUGAUAGUAUUUUCUUGUUUUUAAAUUUUCAA